GAGUGCGGCACUUGGGCGCGAAGAGAGGUGUCUUCUUGGCUGGUCCUGGUAAUGGAUUCGGAUACGGAUUCGGAGCGGGAGAAGAGCAGCGAUCCCAACGAGGGACUGCUCAGUAGCGAUGACAAGACAUUCCACGACGAUGAUGAGCCGGCGGAGGACUCCUCCCCGGCGGACGAUGAGGAGGAGCCCGAGGAGGAGGAGUGCCUGCUGCCGCAGAAGAAGGCACAGAUUCGUUGCGACCAAGACCAGCCACCUUUGGUGGUCUUGGUGCAACCGUCGGCGGAAGCCAUAGAAGUGCCCGAAGAAAUCGAUGAUACCAAUCCGGUGGCAGUAGCCACCAAAGCUAGCGAUAUGGAUGGGGACUCGCAACUGGAGGUGGAACACCAAAUGGAGACCGUAACCGAACCGGAUCCCGAGCCUCCGAAGUGUCCAACAUCCCUGCGCGAUAGUGUCCGCGAGUCCGUUGAAUGCUUCUAUUCCGCCCAGGAUCUCCUGGAGUACGGACACAUGCUGUCCUCCACUUCGAUGGUCCGAACACCGGAUGUGGAGUCUGGCUACUUCGAGAAGUCCGAGAGCGAUGCCUCGCGCGACGAGUGGGAGGGUCCGUCUUCGUCCUCCUCGGGCGCAGCCCGUUGUCGCCUCCUGUCCGGCAUUUCCGGACUCUCCGUCUCUUCGUCGAGUCGCCAUAGUGCCGAGGGUUUGCGCAUGGAACUGAGCCGAUUUCGCACCAUGAUCGAGACUCUCGAGCGGGAAAGUCUCGAGAAAUCGCAGUCGGAGCUGCAGUUGAAGGCCAAGAGCAAGCCGAAGCCAAAGCCCAAGCAGAGAUCCCAUGUUCAGGAUGCGGCUGGGGAAAGUGGUUCGGAACAGGGUUCCGAGAGGGGCUUCUGGUCAACGAUCUUCGGCCAGGCGGGUCUGGGGAUCAGCCAAGAUGAGGAGGAGCGCAUUGCGGACAUACAGAAAGCUCAUCGGGCUCUCGAGCUGCUCGAGGACUACCACGCGAGACUUUCUGAGCCGCAGGAUCGGGCGCUGCGUAUUGCAAUCGAACGCGUUAUACGCAUAUUUAAAUCUCGCUUGUUUCAAGCGCUGUUAGAUAUACAAGAAUUCUAUGAAUUGACAUUAUUGGAUGACUCGAAGAGCAUACAACAAAAAACAGCGGAGACCUUGCAAAUUGCAACCAAAUGGGAAAAGGAUGGCCAGGCAGUCAAAAUAGCCGAUUUUAUCAAAUCUUCAAACCUCAAUCGCAAUUGCGCCUAUGAGUUUAACAACGACGCCUCAUCCAAUCAAACCAACCAAUCAGCACUCAAUCAGAAUCAGAUCGCGAAUAAUGUGAGUGCCCAAGCGCAGGCCGAGGCCCUCAGCAGAACAUUUAAGAGUGAAUUGGAAGAGAUCUUGAAUCAGCGCAUGCGCAUCGAAUCGGACACGGAAAAUGCCAAGGAGCCAAUUGCUGAGCAGCAGCAAAAGCAGCAGCAGGCGCAGCAGCGCAGUUCCCGCUCCCCGCAGCAGCAGAAUCCGCAGCAGCAGGGAUCCAAAUCCAGGAGCGGGUCCCAGACUCUCCAUAAGGCAUCGUCCACAAAGGUGAAUGGCGAUGAUAGCUGGUUAUACGAGGACAUUCAGCUGGAGCGCGGCAACUCCGGAUUGGGCUUCUCCAUUGCCGGCGGUACGGAUAAUCCGCACAUCGGCACCGACACCUCCAUCUACAUCACCAAGCUCAUUUCCGGCGGAGCAGCUGCCGCCGAUGGACGGCUGAGCAUCAACGACAUCAUCGUAUCGGUGAACGAUGUGUCCGUGGUGGAUGUGCCACAUGCCUCCGCCGUGGAUGCCCUCAAGAAGGCGGGCAAUGUCGUUAAGCUGCAUGUGAAGCGAAAACGUGGAACGGCCACCACCCCGGCAGCGGGAUCGGCGGCAGGAGAUGCCCGGGAUAGUGCGGCCAGCGGACCGAAGGUCAUCGAAAUCGAUCUGGUCAAGGGCGGCAAGGGUCUGGGCUUCUCCAUUGCCGGCGGCAUUGGUAACCAGCACAUCCCCGGCGACAAUGGCAUCUAUGUGACCAAGUUGAUGGACGGCGGAGCAGCGCAGGUGGACGGACGUCUGUCCAUCGGAGAUAAGCUGAUUGCAGUGCGCACCAACGGGAGCGAGAAGAACCUGGAGAACGUAACGCACGAACUGGCGGUGGCCACGUUGAAGUCGAUCACCGACAAGGUGACGCUGAUCAUUGGAAAGACACAGCACCUGACCACCAGUGCGUCCGGCGGCGGAGGAGGAGGCCUUUCAUCCGGACAACAAUUGUCGCAGUCCCAAUCGCAGUUGGCCACCAGCCAGAGCCAGAGUCAGGUGCAUCAGCAGCAGCAUGCGACGCCGAUGGUCAAUUCGCAGUCGACAGGUGCGCUAAAUAGUAUGGGACAGACGGUUGUCGAUUCACCACAAGCAGCCGCAGCAGCAGCAGCAAAUGCAUCUGCAUCUGCAUCAGUCAUUGCAAGCAACAACACAAUCAGCAACACCACAGUCACCACAGUCACGGCCACGGCCACAGCCAGCAACAGUAGCAGCAAGUUGCCGCCGUCGCUUGGCGCUAACAGCAGCAUUAGCAUUAGCAAUAGCAAUAGCAAUAGCAACAGCAAUAAUAUCAACAACAUUAAUAGCAUCAACAACAACAACAGUAGCAGCAGCAGCAGCACGACGGCAACUGUUGCAGCAGCAACACCAACAGCAGCAGCAGCAGCAGCAUCAUCUCCACCCGCCAACUCCUUCUAUAACAAUGCUUCCAUGCCCGCCCUGCCUGUCGAAUCCAAUCAAACAAACAACCGAUCCCAAUCACCCCAGCCGCGCCAGCCCGGCUCGCGAUACGCCUCUACAAAUGUCCUAGCCGCCGUUCCACCAGGAACUCCACGCGCAGUCAGCACCGAGGAUAUAACCAGAGAACCGCGCACCAUCACCAUCCAGAAGGGACCGCAGGGCCUGGGCUUCAACAUUGUUGGCGGCGAGGAUGGCCAGGGUAUCUAUGUGUCCUUCAUCCUGGCCGGCGGUCCAGCGGAUCUCGGCUCGGAGCUGAAGCGUGGCGACCAGCUGCUCAGCGUGAACAAUGUCAACCUAACGCACGCCACCCACGAAGAGGCAGCCCAGGCGCUCAAGACUUCUGGCGGUGUGGUGACCCUGUUGGCGCAGUACCGCCCAGAGGAGUACAAUCGCUUCGAGGCACGCAUCCAAGAGUUGAAACAACAGGCUGCCCUCGGUGCCGGCGGAUCGGGAACGCUGCUGCGCACCACGCAGAAGCGAUCGCUAUAUGUGCGCGCCCUGUUCGACUACGAUCCGAAUCGGGAUGAUGGAUUGCCCUCGCGAGGAUUGCCCUUCAAGCACGGCGAUAUCCUGCACGUGACCAAUGCCUCCGACGACGAAUGGUGGCAGGCACGACGAGUUCUCGGCGACAACGAGGACGAACAAAUCGGUAUUGUACCAUCGAAAAGGCGUUGGGAGCGCAAAAUGCGAGCUAGGGACCGCAGCGUUAAGUUCCAGGGACAUGCGGCAGCUAAUAAUAAUCUGGAUAAGCAAUCGACAUUGGAUCGAAAGAAAAAGAAUUUCACAUUCUCGCGCAAAUUUCCGUUUAUGAAGAGUCGCGAUGAGAAGAAUGAAGAUGGCAGCGACCAAGAGCCCAAUGGAGUUGUGAGCAGCACCAGCGAGAUUGACAUCAAUAAUGUCAACAACAACCAGUCGAAUGAACCGCAACCCUUUAUGCUUUGCUACACACAAGACGAUGCCAAUGCUGAAGGAGGCGAGAUUAUCUACAGGGUGGAGUUACCCGAUAUGGAGCAGAUAACUCUGAUCUACUUGGAGAAUAAUGAUGCUGACUAUCCUUCCGAGGAGAACGUGUUGUCCUACGAGGCCGUACAGCGUUUGUCCAUCAACUACACGCGUCCGGUGAUUAUUCUGGGACCCCUGAAGGAUCGCAUCAACGAUGACCUUAUAUCAGAGUAUCCCGACAAGUUCGGCUCCUGUGUGCCACACACCACCCGACCCAAGCGGGAGUACGAGGUGGAUGGUAGGGACUACCACUUUGUAUCGUCUCGCGAGCAAAUGGAGCGGGAUAUCCAGAACCAUCUGUUCAUCGAGGCGGGACAGUAUAACGACAAUCUGUAUGGCACAUCGGUGGCCAGCGUGCGCGAAGUGGCAGAGAAGGGCAAACACUGCAUCCUGGACGUGUCCGGGAACGCCAUCAAGCGACUCCAAGUGGCCCAGCUGUAUCCCGUCGCCGUGUUCAUCAAGCCCAAGUCGGUGGAUUCAGUGAUGGAAAUGAAUCGUCGCAUGACGGAGGAGCAGGCCAAGAAGACUUACGAGCGGGCGAUUAAAAUGGAGCAGGAAUUCGGCGAAUACUUUACGGGCGUUGUCCAGGGCGAUACCAUCGAGGAGAUCUACAGCAAAGUGAAAUCGAUGAUUUGGUCCCAGUCGGGACCAACCAUUUGGGUACCUUCCAAGGAAUCUCUAUGACCAACAGCCACCACAACUUGGACACUGCCGCCUCGAGUUCGAUGUCGACCGGUCUCGAGAACAACAAUAGGAGCAACAGCAGCAGCAACAAAUCAGCAGCCGCAGCAGAAGACGCCGCACUGAUGAUGCAUCACAGUAACAACAGAUACUAAUACAACUACAACAACAAGAACAACAACAACAACAACAGCAACCACAGCAGCAGCCACAGCGACAACAACACUGACAACGACAGAAAACGGAAAUGAAAACGGAUACGGAAACGUAACCAUGGACCUGAACUAACCAACUUGACCACAGACAGAACAAAUUUAUAACGACGCAGCCGCAGCAGCCAACUUAAUGUAGCAAAUUGUCCAAAGCAAUUUUUUUUGGAUGCACUCAUUGAUGUACGAUUAGUAGAUUAGGUGAACGUACAUCCACCAGCUAGACGAUGAUGAAAAUGAGCGAACAUCAGAGCAAAGCAUUUGGCAUUUGGCAUAUGGCAUAUGGCAUAUGAGAUGAGAUAUGGGUGUUCAAACUGUAGCGGACAAAGGUGUAUAGUUUUUAGUUAGAACAAAGUUGGAUAUAAACAAAAGAAGCGAAAUAUAAUAUAAUAUAUAUAUAUAUAAACAUAUAUAUAUAUAUAUAUAUAUAUAUAUAUAUAUAUAUGUAUACAUACACACCACAUAUAUAGACUAAGAUCCGAUUAUAAAAGCAUAGAGACGAGCGAAGAUGAGGGCUUUCAGGAGUUCGUUAAGCGCUAGAGUGUUGUUUGUUUAUGUUGAUGUUUAUAUACGAGAGCCAAGAGUUAUAGCGAGUUAGUUAUGUUGACGAUAAUGUGUUUUUUUGAUAUAUAUUGACCUAUAUGAAUAUGUAAACAUGCAGGCGCAGGCACAGGCACCCCACCCAUGCACACCGAUGUUUUGCCGGUGAUAGUGAUGUUGAGGCACAAGUGCAUUGCAUUGCAUGGUGGUUAACUUUAAGUACGACAAUGUUUAGUAGCUGACUACGAAUAAUGACGACGAUGACGGGACGCAGAUGCAGAUGCGGAUGUGAAUGCGAAUGCGAACGGUUGCGGAUCUAGCGGAAAGUCAGACAAUGACGAUAACGAUUUACGAUUACGAUCUAAUGAUAAUGAUAAAUAUAUAUAUAUUGAUGAAUAUUGACGCUAAUAACGAUGGAGAAGAUGAAAAACGUUGGUGCAUUUGUUGUUAGAUGUAUGUAAUUUUUCCCACUCGCCUUUGCCUAAAAGCAACACAAAAUUUAAACAAACAAGAACGAUAUAUAAAACGGAUAAAAAUUAAAUCAAUAAACAUGCGUAUGAUAAACACUAGUAACUAGCGGAAAAGUUGCAUAUAGAACCACGGACAUUCAUUCACACAUCCACUUACUAUACUAUAUCUGUACCAUUUAGCCCAUAGUCCGCAGAAGAUCGUCGAAACAAAGUCAUUUUACUAUAUAAAAACAAAACAUCCGCAUAAUAAUGUAAACUACGACAGCAAUCGAUUGGAAAAGGAGAAAUUGAAUUUGUUGUCGCGUUGAUUUAAACCUAUAUAAUGAGUAAAAUAUUGUAUAUUUAACAAUCUAUAAAACAAAUAUAGUAUGUAGAUAAUACACACAUACACACAAACACACAAACCCAUAAAUAACACACACACACACACAUGGACUACCGUUGCGGUCAAAUUUUAUACACACCAGACAAAUCGAAUUGCAAAAGCAAAUAAAUAAAUAAUUAAGGAAGUGACGAUGGAGAAGCAGAGCUGGAGAUGAGAUCAACUCAAACUAGAUAACUAUACAUAUAUUUGCUGAUUAAUUUAUGUAAACCAAUAUACGAUUUAUAGCCAACGCACAGAAAAUGAAAAACAAAAAAACCAACACAUACGAAAUUUGUUCGAAAAAAAUUUAGCUAAAUUCAAGUUGAGUGUUAACAUUAUAAUUCAUACGAAUAUGCAUAUAUUUUAUUUUUUUUAACUCUCCAUCUCUAUUGCUCGCUAUCUUACGAACUACUUAAAACAUUUUUUUUUUAAUUACAUUUUUUUGUAUAUUGCAAAAACGUCGACGACGCCACAGCAGCAGCAGCUAUGGAUAUUAUUUCAAAAAUAUAUACAUAUAACUAUUAUACGAAUAAAGAGAAAACAAAUUCAUUAUAAUUUUCACAAUGUAUGCGCCGAGAGCAUUGUUAUAUUUAAUAAACAACCUAAAACAAAAAGGACAAACAAUGGAAAACAAAAUAAAAACUAUGCGAAUAAUUUCCACUCUAAACAAAGCAAAAGAAAACAAAACAAGCAAAAAAAAAAAACGAAGAAGCUGAGGAACUCUAAGUGUAAUAAACUAAUUAAAAAUCGAACUUCUUAAUCAAUUUGAUACAUCCAACUAGCAUACGGAAAGCAUUGCAUUAACUAACAUUAAACGAUGUGCAGAGGAGUUAACUAUAGAUAACCGCUUAAACAGGGUGACUAUUCGUAGCAAGUGAUUUUUUUUCGCUCAAACAAAAAUAUUUAAAUCACUGGUUAAGGCCCAUUUUCCAUGUGGUUCUUCCGAAAGCGAGGCCCCCAGUGAACGAAAAACCUAUACCAAAUUCAAAUCACUUUUCCAACUAGCCUUAGAUUUUACUAACAAACAUGAAACCCUCGAGAACUAACUAUCAAGCAAUUAUCAACUAGAUAAAGAAAAUAUAUAUUUAAAUUAGAGGCCCCAGGAGCGGCUGAGAAGGGCGACUUUCUUUUCUCAAAAAAAAAAAAAAAAAGAAAACCCAAAAAUAAGUAUGAUACAAAAUGUAUAACCCUUUCGUCCCAGAUGAUAUAUAUAUAUAUAUAUAUAUAUAUGUAUGUAUAUCCUAUCCACCACACACACGCGCGCGCAUACAAAGCAUGGGAAAGCGUUUCAUCAAAAUUGUGCCUUUUCUUUUUGUUGUUGUUGUUGUCGAAUCGAAUCGAAUUUCGAUGAAAAUAUACACACACAUAGACACAUGUACGGGCAGCUUUCGUAUGGUUUCCGCUCACACUUAUGUACAUCCCGUUUACAUCACAUUUACAUCCUGACCCACUGCCACCCCCCAUGGAAACAAAAAACAAGGAAAUCGUUUUUUGCUAGUCAUACCAACCAUGAAAAACUAGGAAAAAGGAGAAAAAGAAGAAGGAAUCUUUAGCCUUAGCGAUCAGUAAAGAAAGUAAAUCAAAUUCAAUUUCGUUGAAGUUCGCGAACAGAUCGGCAGUAGAGCUAUAUAUGCUAUACAUAUAUAUAUACGAUAGUGCUAAAACCAAAACGGAAAUCGAUGGAUAGUAAUGAGUUUAAGAAUUGGGUUGAUACAAAAGAAUAUAUGGGCAAAAACACACAAGUACACCCAACAUAUGUACAAUACUCUCAUGUUCAUGUGCGAGAUACAAAAUAAGAGACCCCAUUCGGCCUCAAAUGCGUUUUCAUUAUGUGUUAUGUCAAAUGUAAUUUGUUCAUCAGCGGAUGAAACACUCGCCCACACCCCAAAAACACACUCGAAAUAAACCGUAAUAAAAAUACGUAAUCAUA